AUGAAAAAUCUGAAUUCCCACAGUCUGUUUUGGGAGAUAUUCUCGAUGCAGGAUCUUGGAAGCUAUGUUGGCAACGCGAAGGAGGUGGAUAUCACCCGCUCCUCGCAGUUACUGAGUAGCAUUGCUGGCGCCCAAAUCCAAAGCAUGAAACAACAGGAACAGAUUAGAUUGAUAAUUGAAGAAAAUACACAUCUCAAGAAUGAAAUUACGGCUGUUUCAGGAAGCCACUACGAUUAUGUAAAGGCUGACAAGAUGGCAGUGCUUCAAGGGGAGGUUGAUGCUCUUGAGCGUCGCUAUCAGUUUGAAAAGAUGCGAAAGAAUGACCUCAUGAAGCGUUACCAAAUGACUCGUAUUGAGCUCUUUCAGAGUAGGAAAAAGAAGGGUGGUAUAAAUGUUGAGAAGGAGCAGGCUGAAUCGGUUCAGCGCCAGGUUGAAAUUCUUGAAAAUCGUCUGGAUCAAGCGCUUGGUAAGUUCAAUGAUGCGCUUUCGUACAACAGGGAACUGCGCAACCAGAUAUCUAUCAUUCGUGAGGAACGACGUGUAUUUCAGCGCGUCCAUAAAAAAAUGGAGGAUGACCUUCGUAGUAAGAAGAGUCUCAUGGCGGAAUAUCUUGAACAAACAAAUAAGGACAUGGACGAGCGUGAUGAAUAUUUGCGUCAAGUGGACCAGCUAAGGGAAGCAAUCAUAUUACAACAGGAUGAGAACACUAAGCAACUGCAUGAGUUGGAUCUAGCAAUGCUGGAGAUUAAGUCAAUGCGCGACGAGCAGACCAACCUUCAGCUGGAGCUAGAAGCACGCGAGUAUGAGUUUGAAAAGCAGCUUUUGGAGUCCAACGCAACAGCCAACCGGUCUGAGGUGGGUGCGGGCGCGGGUUCGCGGCGGGGGGGUGGUCCUGACGAGGACAAUCAACCCAGUGAUGAUAUGAACCCGAUGGCGAGUGCGCUACGUGUGGAGCAUGAACAUGGCUCUAUUAAAGAGAUCAUUACGCAGCUCCGUGAGGCACUCCAUGAAGAUGACCCUAAUGUUAUUUACGAAAAGUACCAUCAACUAGGCGAGAAUAAUUAUUCCAUGUAUAGGCUUAUAAACGAUUUGACCGCUUCAAAGGAGGAGUUCAGCAAUGAAAUUCGAGACCUGAAGAACCUCCUCCACGAGGAGCACAAGAGCGAAUCCGAGCACCGCAAGCUGGUGAAACAGUUGGAGGAGAACCUCGCGGCGACCGAGUCCAAGUUGGAGCAAGUCCAGAAUUCCAUAGCCCACAUGCGGGAUGACCUUUCCAUUGUGAUCGCCACCACGGAGAACGUCCACGCGCAGAUCGGCUGCGCCGCCAUGAAGGACAUCACCUUGGUCAAGGAGCAGUCCUGUAAUGAGUCCAGUCUUAUGAACUACCUGGGAGUGAUUGAGGAACGCGUGACGCGGAUCUUGUUCGCCCUGCAGCGCCGCAAGCGUGGCUACAACCCACCCUUAAACAUGGAGGCCACCAUCGGUCCCAAACCCGCCGACACCGACUCCGAGGACAACGCACUUUCGGCCAAGACGGAAAGUCCCUGCUUGGACCUAUUGCCCGCCUUGUCGACGAUUGAGUUUGACAACGAGGAGGCAGACCCGAUUAUGGUGCUCCACAUCGCACCGUCCGCAGUUCACAAUACUUUGACGGCUCAGCAAUUGGUGCGCCCCGCAGACCUACCCAGCGCGAACCUCAUCGCUGAGGAUAGCCUUUUAAGUGGUUUUGAUAAUGAUCAGGUGGUUUCGCAUGAGGAAAUCCGAAACCGCAUGGAGGCGCAAUUGGUGUGUAAGCGCGAACGCGAAGAGCGGGCGCAACGCAAGAAAAAGGAAAUGGUGACUGGAGGUCGCAACUUGAACCGACUUAGUCCAGAAAAAAGAAAUAGGUGA